UUAUAACAAAAAAUGCAAAAUAUCAAAUAAUGGAUGUAGACCAUUUGCUUCAAGAAAAGACAGUACACUCGCAGCCAAUAUUAUUGGAGGUUUACGUGAAACACUUGAAGUUUUUCGGCAAGUGGAAUUGAAAUCCUUAGAAUUGGAUCCUAAGUACAAUGCUGCUGAUCAGUACUUUAAAGAAAAUAUUAAUAAUUCUGAUUCUAAAGUCGCUGAGGCUGAAAAAACUAUUUAUUCUAAUGUUCAAAAUUACAACGCUAGAACUAGUGAGCUUAGAUGGCUAGUUUGUGCCAUUGCAAAUAAAAAAAUUAACUUCUUUGAUUAUGAUGAAUUCAUUGGUAAAGAAAAUAUGAAUGGAAAAAUAGUCGCUUUCAAAAGUUUAAAACUUGAUAUAGAAGAAAAGGAGAUCCUUUUGGAA